UAAUGGAAUAACACAAACAUAUUUUGAAUGAACAAGAUGAUCAUCUUAAUGAAAUAGCUGAUAUUGCAAAUAGAUUACACCAUGCUGCUAUCAAUAUUAAUGUUGAAAUUGAUGAUCAAGGAAAGUAUGUUUAUUUUUUUUAUUAUUUUAAGUAAAAUUAAACAAUUAGAUGUAGAAAUGGAUAAAACUUAAAAGAAGAUGAAUUUUGUAUAAAAAAAAUUAGGAGACUUACUAAAAACUAAUGGUAAAAAUUUGUAAAUAUUAAAUUCUAGAUUAAAGUUAGAUCUGUACAAUUCUUAUACUUUUUGGGACGCUUUGUGCAUUAAUUUUCCUCUUGAUUUAUACCUGAU